AUGAAAUUAGAUAUAAAAAGCCGUAAUAAGACGAGGUUGCAUCAUUGCAGGGUCGGCGACGUCACCGGUUCCGCUGGUAUACCAAGAUCCCGAGGGUCAGGUUCCCUCAUGGGAGGAGCUUCCCCAUCCGAUCCCCGUCCGCCGGCACACACCAAAAGCACACUGACCCGAAACUAACUACCGCCUCCCCGCCCAGCCUCCCUCACAGGUACAACCUUUCCUCCAAGACGGAAACCUCGUUUACUCAAUUCUUAUCACCUGUCUAUCCUUUCUCAGAGUUGGCUAUCCGCCCUCUCCUCGUCUUCGUCCUUGUCGGGCAGCUUCCUCUUCCCCUCCCUCGUGCUCCAAUCCUCCGCUGAGACCACCCGUUCACCUUCCACGUCAACUAGUCCAGAUCGCCCAUUUCAGCGAAUUCGACUCUCAUGGCUCCUCCGUCAAAUCUGCCUUUGGUUGAAAGGCUGAAGGCUCUGGCCCAGACAUUGCAAUUUGCUUGGUUCAUUGGGCAUGUGACAUUGCUAGGCUCUGUCUUCCGAUACCUACUCUCCUAUGUCACCUUUAACUACUACUCUGGUGCGGCGCAGGUGUCUUAUCGCCUAGCGUUUGUAUCUGCUGCCGCUACGUAUGGAAUUGUCGUGUACAAAGGUCAUAUCGCACGCGGUCGCCUCCAAGGGAGCCUUCCCAACGUUGUACUAAAACUUGCGGGCGAUGAAAAUGUCCAAUACCUGGGAAUGGCCUUGGUGUGGCUUUACUCCCGCCAAAUUCCUCUUGCUCUGUUGCCAUUCAGCGUUUACUCAGUUUUCCACGUUGCGACUUACACGCGGGCCCAUUUAAUUCCUACCCUCCAGCCUCCCAGUGCGGCAGCUGGAUCUCCCGGCGGCCGAUCCGCUGUGAAGCAAUCGCCUUUGGCAGAGACCAUUGGACGGUUCGUUAAACAAUACUAUGAUGCCAGCAUGGAUCUUGUCGCUGGAUUGGAAAUUGCCCUUCUGUUCCGCUUGGCGGUGGCCAUCCUCACCUUCUCUAAGGGCAGCAUCCUCCUCUUUAUCAUCUACCUCACCUUCUUCCGAGCCCGCUAUAGCCAAAGCUCCUUCGUUCAACAGGCCGUCCGUCACUUCACUGCAAGAGUCGAUGCCUCUGUGUCUCACCAAAGCACUCCUCCGGCGAUGCGUCAGGGUUGGGAAGGUUUCAAGGACGCCGUUCGCCAGGCAUACCAGGCUACAGACGUUAGCCGCUUCACUUCCGGAGCAGGUGCCAAGAAGCCCCAAUAGAGGACAACAACUAUAACUGGAAACGAUUCGCCGGUAUGUCGGGGCAAAUUCAGAAUCCAACCGGACUUAGUGACAAUGACCGUGACUGACGAACUUGACGAAUCCCAUGAACCAUCUAUCCCGACGUCUGUUGAGUCGAUGGUAUUGUAACGAGGAAGACAGUUAUUAUGAGCUGUAUGAUCAGCAAAGAGGUUGUGAGAGUGUGUAGUUUGGGGGGUCAACUUAUGACGAACAUGAGUGUCUUUU